CUUCAAAAAGGUUCUAGACAUAUAAAAUACUUAAAGCAGUGCAAGAAGUCCAAACAUCGUCACAGUUGUGUUGCUGGCAUCUUUACCUUCACCUUCACCUUCAUCUUCAUCUUCAUUGAGAGAAAUUAGAUCCAGAAUGAGUGAUGGACCGAGCUCUGAACUGUUCACUGAUAUUAGAAGGAUUAUUGAGGGGAUGGAGUGGGAGGAGGUGGUCUCCAUGCUGAUGGAGGUCAUCGAGGCUGAGCUGAGUCAAGCACCACCUGCUGAACCUCCAGCUCCUCAGCUCAGCCUUGGUGGGUCUCAGAACCUCCCCAAUGCAUCGUGGUUCCAUCCUCUGCCUCCUGGCAGCAUGCAGGGACAGGAGGCCAACGCUCCACACUUGAUCAUCUACCCGAUGUAUGUGGUCCAUCCUCCUUCCACAGUCCAGCAGGUCCACCAGCCUCCUGCUCCUCUGAGCUGCUGCAGCUCGCCAAGCAACCAGGAAUACAUUAAGAAGCCUCCCAAUGCCUUCAUGCUCUAUUUAAAGGAGCAGAGGGCAAAGGUCAAAGCAGAGCUGAACAUCACCAACAGCUCAGCUCUGAACAAAGUCCUGGGUGACAGGUGGACGUCUCUGUCUCCUGACAACAAGGAGAAGUACUUCCAGGAGGCCCACCAGGAGAGAAAGCUGUUCCAACAGAGGCAUCCUGGGUGGAGCAGCGCUCAAAACUAUGGAAAGAGAAAGAGGAAAAGGACUGGCUAUACUGCUGCUACUGCUGCUGCU